UUCCUCCGCCUCUACGACUGCGAUGACUCCUCCGUCUGCCGAUCCACCUGCGCCGACAUCGACGGAGACUGCGACAACGGAAACCGGGGGUGCUGCUAUCCUUUGGCGGAUGGGAGCGAGUGGAAGGCGGGGGAUGGGUUCGGGGUGUUCAAGGAGUUCGGUUGCAGGGGGUUCUCGAGCUGGGCGAAGGCGACAGGGGAGGAGAGGGUGGAGAGGGGGAUUGAGAUGGAGUGGGCCGUGCCGAGAGGGUACGGGAAUGGGACGGAGUGCGUGGAAGGGGCGACGGAGGUGAAGGCCGCGGCGGUGAAGGGCGGGGUGAGGUGUGCUUGUGGGCCGGGCUUUGUUGGGGAUGGGUUUGCUGCUGGGACUGGAUGGCUUCAGAUGGGGCUCUCUGCAUGUGAUAAUGUCGGGAAUGCGACCUACAAUGGAGACUGCUGCAAGGGACGGCUCUGCAAAAAGAAAGUUAUCGUUGCUGUUGGUCUACUGGUUACUGUUAUCUUCGCCGCUGCUGCUACAGCGUGUUAUUUUCUCUUAAGAUACACUCCUAACGAAAGAUAUCGAUAUGAUCCUGAACAAUCUUGUCUCCCAAAAAUCCUUGCAAAGGCACGUCAGACUCGUGUGUUCACUUACCAAGAACUCAACGAAGCCACCAAGGGCUUCAAUCAAGACCAGAAGCUCGUCGAUAUUGCAAACGAAUCAGUGCACCCUGGAGUGCUCAGCGAUGGAUCCCUUGUCACCGUCCAAAGAAUUAGAUGCCAGACAAAACAGAAUCUUAAUCAGAUUCUUGAUAGAGUAGAGAUUCUCUCUCGUAACUCCCAUCAAAACAUUGCUAAAAUCAUUGGUUGCUGCAUAAGCUCAGGUCAUAAUCUCUUGCUUGUGCACGAAUCCUUCCCCAAUGGAGCACUUAAGGAUCUCCUUCAGCCUGGUAGAGAGAAUGGACCUCUUAACUGGUACCGAAGGAUCAAUAUAGCUACCGAGGUUGCAAGUGGUCUCGCACAUUUCCAGUCCAAGAUCUCUUCAUCUAUCAAACCUCAUAGCCUCAAAUCUAGUGACAUUUAUAUACUCCCAGACUAUUCAGUCAAGAUUGCCAGUUUUAGGCUAAUUGACACAGUAUCUACACAAGUUUCUCAUGGUGCAGAUGUUGUGCACAACUUUGGUCUCAUACUUCUUGAGCUAAUUGUGGGAACAAAAUGUGAGAGCAUUGAAGAAAUGAUCUUAGAUAAGAUAAAGGACAGGAAAUUUCAUGAGAUUGCUGAUCCUUGCCUUAGAUUUGAGGAGCAGUUACCUGUUCAGUGCGAGCAGAUUGAGAAGUUAGCAAUUUUCGCAGUGCAUUGCUUGUCGAGGAGAGGAUUGUGUAUGGUUGCAGCGGCAAAGGAAUUUAUACACAUUGUUAACGAUAAUAUGGCGGGCAGUACAUCAUCUGAACCUUCACUUGAAAAUACAUUUUCAAACUCAAGCUUGCUUCAAAUGAUAUCAAUGUCACCUGAUGUUUUACAUGUUCAUUGACAUUGAGGAUCUCUCAUUCACAAGGUACUGUAAAAACGGACAGAUAUUCUGACGGUUGGCGAGCAAGUAUGUGUGUGCGCGUGCUUCCAGUGAUGAUGCGCAUGUAUUGUUAUUGUAUAAUAAGUUGUAAUAUCUUUAAAAGAACUCCUCCAUAGUU